AUGAAAGCUCAAGCCUUGGCAGAUCAUUUGGCUGAAAAUCCUAUUGAUAAGGAGUAUGAGCCAUUGAAGACUUAUUUUUCAAAUAAAGAGGUAUUGUAUGUUGAUGAGUUUGUUUUUGAAGAUUGCCAUUCAGGCUGGAAGUUGUUCUUUGAUGGAGUUAUUAAUGGACUGGACGUAAUUGGACCAAUUGAACCAAAAGCUUCGAAUAGACAUAGGUUCACCUUGGUAUCUAUUGAUUAUUUCACGAAGUGGGUGGAAGCAGCGACUUUCAAGUCAGUGACCAAGAAAGUGGUGGUUGAUUUUAUUCACUCCAAUAUCAUUUGUCGGUUAGGCAUUCCAAAGAUAAUUGUCACGGAUAAUGCUACGAAUCUCAAUAGUCAUAUGAUGCAAGAAGUGUGCCAGCAAUUUAAGAUUAUGCAUCAAAAUUCAACUCCUUAUCGUCUAAAAGAGAAUGGAGCUGUAGAAGCUGCCAACAAGAACUUAAAGAAAAUACUCUGUAAGAUGGUGCAGGGUUCCCGACAAUGGUAUGAAAAGUUACCUUUUGUUUUGUUAGGUUAUAGUACUACAGUUCGGACUUCAAUUGGUGCAACUCCUUACUUGUUAGUGUAUGGAACUAAAGCAGUUAUACCUGCAGAGAUUGAAAUUCCAUCUCUUCGAGUAGUUAUAGAAGUUAAAAUUGAUAAGGACCAAUGGGUCAAGACUCGUUUGGAACAAUUAAGCUUGAUAGAUGAAAAAAUAUUGACAUCAGUAUGUCAUGGACAACUGUACCAGAAGAGAAUGACAUGA